AGGGGGAACGGACCGUUCAGGCCGACCGCUGGCGCGAGCCGUAGUUCGUCAGCAGGACAAUGUCGGACGAGGGCUCGGAGAGCUCAGGGCAUAGCGUGACGGUGGCUGAUGUACAGCAGCUGGUGAAGAAGAAAGAUGUCAUCGAGGCUCAGAUCAAAGCUUACUAUGAUAUUUUGGAGGGGCAAAACAGAGCUGGAAUGGAUGAGCCUUUAGUUGAUGUUGAGGGAUAUCCACGAACAGAUAUUAAUAUUUACGAAGUCCGAACAGCCCGACAUAAUAUAAUUUGUCUACAAAAUGAUCAUAAAGCCUUGAUGAAACAAAUUGAGGAAGCACUCCACCAGCUGCAUGCACGUGACAAGGAAAAGCAUAGACUGGAUGAGGCAGAAGUUCAUCAAGAAGCAACGGAACAGGAGAAUAGUGUACCAACUGCUUUUGCCAAAGUAGACACUGUUAGUCCAGAUUCACCUGCCAGUACUUCAGGUUUGCAGGUUGGCGAUGAAAUUAUAGAACUUGGUUCUGUAAAUACACGAAACUUUCAAAACUUGCAAAAUAUUGCCACAGUGGUUCAGCGUAGUGAAGGGAAACCUUUAAACAUCACAAUUAUUCGAAAUGGACAAAAUGUACACAUGAGUCUCACACCUCAGCGAUGGAGUGGAAGAGGAUUGUUGGGGUGUAAUAUUGUUCCUUUGCAGAACUAAAUGUCAAUUUCGCAUGAGAAAAUCUUCACUUACAGCAAAAUGUUCACACUACAGUAAUGUGAAAAUUGGAACAAAGCUGGAUAUUGGAACAUUAGGGCCACCUAUUUCAGUCAUAGGUUUUGAAUUCAUCUAACUUGAAUUUAACGUAGACAUUUUCUUUGAUUCUGGUAUAAAUUUUUCUCGUAUUACAUUUUUUUGGAUUCAAUUUUAAACCCUCUCGUAGUUUUUGUCACCAUUUCAUUCUUCUGCUACUAGGGUAUUAAGACUGUCACAGCCUUUGUCAUUGCUACAGUAUAUUAGCAGAUAUGAGAAUGGAUGAAAGGUUGAAUUGAUUUCUCUUGCUGCUUAUUUCCACUUUUUGCUCCCCACCUCAACUCUCAUCCCCAUUCUGGUGUGAUGAGUAGUAAAUUCCUAAUCCUAGGCAUAUGGAUUUCAAACUCAGGAUAUUAUGGGCUUCAAAGUUAAAGCAUUUUGAUAAUGUAGUAGGAUUGUUGGUAUAAUACCUGCUGUGGGAAUAGGACAAGUGCAUAGUUGAAUAUAGAAGUGUUUCAGUACACUUAUGCAACACUUUGAUGUACAAAAUUGAAAAUGCUGUGUUUUUAAUAGAAAGAAAAUAGAAAUGCAUAGCUACUGAACUUUGACAUGUGUUAAGACUCACAAAUGUUUGAAUUGACUUUUUUUAAUACUGGUUAAAUGAUUUGUUUGGACCUUUACACUUUCAAAGUGCUGAAUAUUGAUUUGUAUUUCAUGUAAAUAUAGAAGCAGUUUAUGAUUAAAAUAAACUCCAUGUGUGAAAGGUUUUGUUUGAAGUAUUUGGAAUUCAUAUUUUUGAUAGAAUUAAAUGUGAUGAUGUUGAUAGCUAAAUCCCCUGAUGAGGUUAUGUGCUGAUCAUUUCUUUCCCUUCAUGGAAAAAAUAUUGUUCUCAAGUUUUUAUAAUAGCUGUGCUAGGGUGGGGAAGGACUUCUGUGUUCUACCAUUUGGACUAGAUUAUAAUCCAACCAAAGCUGUAUUUAAUCUUCCACACCAUCACUGUGAACCAUUGACUAUAUCAUUUGAUUUUAUCAGAAUAAAUCUCUCAAACUUAUGUUUGACAAAGCAACUCAUAAUGUGAGCAUCUGUUUACCGCCAAAAUACCAACUUUGUGGAUCAUAGAAUAGUACAUCACCAAAGGCAGCCAUUCAGCCUAUAGAGCCUGCACUGGCACUUGAAUCCAGUUUGUCCAACUCCCCUGCUCUUUUUCCAUAUUCCUGCAAUUUUUUUCUCCUUCAAAUAGCUACCCAAUUACCUUUUGAAGGCUACUAUCGAAUUUUUUUCUACUACCAUGUGCAUCCUAAAUCCUAAUCACUCAUUGUGCAAAUGUUUUCCUCAUUUGGAACUUUAGCCAAUCACCUUAAAUCUGUGUCCUCUAAUUAUUGGCCCUUGAACUAUUGGAAACUCGUUAUUUGCUCUAUCUAAACUCUUCAUGGUUUUAAACACCUCUAUCAAAUAUCUUCUAAUCCUUUUCUUAUCUAAAGUUGAUAACCCCAGCUUCUCUGGUCUCUCAGCGUAACUGUGAUUUCAUGAUCUCUUUUCCUCACAUUUCUCCCCAAAGAUGCUGCCUGUUACUCGGGCAUUGUUUUACAGGCACUAAGAACUGUCUGGUACUACCAGUCUUAGCAAAUCCUUUUUAAAUAUGUAUUGGUCAUUUGCUGUGAUGGGAUAAAAUAAUUACUAGACUUGAGAGUUCGUGUGGCAUUUCUGAAAUCGUACAUGUUUUUGAAGUUUUUUUGUGACUGAGUGCAUUUAACAAAAUCUGAGAAUAAAUCUGAAGUGCAUUUAA